AUGAAGGGAAACCUGGUUUUGAACCUCGCAUGUGCACUAUUCGUCGCCGUGGCGGCGUCUACUGCAGAUGAAGUCAGGAUACCGGCGAGCGAGCCGAUUCAGGAAUUGAACAUUGGAGAGGACACGACGGGCGAAGAACUCGUCUACGAGACUGAGAGUGAUCAAGGAUCAUUACUACAGUCCAUCCAACAGAACUCAACGUCGACUGAUACUCCUAUCGAUGAAAAUUGGCGAGACAUUUGGACACAUCAGCCAGUAUGCACGUCUUACCUUUCAGAGUUCAAUAGCUUGCUGUGCGUCUACACAAAUGCGACGUUCAGCCAAGGACGAGGCAUUUCUAUCUUCACGACGCCGAAGAUCGCCGCAGAAUUCGCCGCGUUACUGCCGUUUCACGACGACGAGAUCCUGCAGAAGCGCGGGAUCAACAGUGCCGAAGGAUCGGGCCUCUGGACUGCCAAAGCACUGCCGGGGAAAGGAAUCGGCAUGGUGGCUAAGCGGGACCUACAGCGCGGUGAGCUGAUCACGGCAUACACGCCAUAUCUGAUCUCGCACGCAGAGAAUGUCCUGUCAGUGCAGGAGCGCGAGAAGUUCUUGCAGAUCGCGCUGUCUCAGUUGCCGGCGGCGAGUCAGGAGCAUUUCCUCGAUCUUGCCAAGUACUACUAUGAGCUGAGCGUGGUGGUUCAGGACGUCGUCAAAGCGAAUACGUUUCAGAUGGACAUGGGAGGGCGAAUGCAUCUGUUGGUUGUGCCUGAGGCAUCGCGAUAUAAUCAUGCUUGCGCGCCCAACGCACAAUACUACAUCGAGCCUGGGAUACUGACACACUUCGUGCACGCGGUGCGACCGAUCGCCAAGGACGAAGAAAUCACCAUCACGUACUCGACGCCCUACCACCCCUACAGCGUGCGCCAAAAUUACCUCCUCGAGGCCUUCCGCUUCACAUGCACGUGCUCGCGCUGCGCGAAGGGUGAAGACACCGACCAGUCGCUCGUCGAGAUCCACGACCUCCAGCAGAGCCUCGGCAACUGGGGCGCGGAUUCGACUGCUAGCGUUAAGCAGGCGGAACGGCUGGUUAAAGUGUAUCUGGAGGAGGAGUUUGACGGGUUCCUGGACUUUGCGUACGGGCAUGCCGCUCUGACGUAUAAUUCUGUCGGGAGCGCGAGAGGGACGGUCAAGUAUGCGGCGUUGGCGGCUGAGGCGGCGGCGUUGAAGUAUGGGCCUGCCUCGAAGGAUGUCAGGACUUGGAUGGAUUUGGCGGAGAGGCCGAUGGAGCAUUCGAGUUGGAGGAGGAGGAAGAAUGUUGUUGUUGUUAGUGAUGGUGAUGGUGAUAGUGAUUGA